ACUCCAAGGCGUUUUCAGCGAACACUCUUCGCUGCUCAUCUUCAACGUCAAGUUUCGCCGAUCUCAGCCCAACAAAUUCCACCACAAGGCCACCAUGGAAAUGAAGAAGAUUGUCUGCGCUGUCCUCUUCGCCGCCGCCUCUGUCAGCGCUGUGAUGGCUCAUGAGGGUCACGCCUACACCCAAAGCCCCUCCCCUGCCCCUGCCCCAGGACCAGGAGGAGCCGCAAAUGAUGCCUCUGCCAGCCUCCCUGUCUUGGGGUCCGUGGUUGGUGCCUCCAUUGUGUCCUUCAUUGCUUACUACAUGCAGUAA